AUGUCGUCGGCGUCGGCUCGCUCAUCUGUGACGGGUCGCCGUGUCCAGAGCCUGCAGCCUGCGCGAAGGCUUGUCGACGAGCACGAUGCCUAUUCCUUUGCCCUACGCACCGCCUAUCUUUCGCACCUACUGCAACCAAAGGCCCGCCGUAUUCAACAUGUCGCCCAGCCCGUCAAGCCGGUUUCGCGCUCCUCGACUUCCAUCACAGACUUGGUCAAAGACUUCUCCUCCAUCAGAGACUCCAAGAGUACCCGCCUACCACAUGGCUUCACCGGCGAGCUUGACAAACGUAUCACCGGCGUGCUUGUUGGCAAAGAGCGCAUGCCCGAGUACAACGAUCCCCUGGUCAAGCGCACCUUUGCCACCUUUCUGAACGAGUUCAAGAACCCUACCUUCCGCAAGUCCAUGGAGAAAGAUCGCCGUGUUGAGGACCUCCUCUUAAUCUUCUUCUCCAAGGCUACAUCCGAGUUGCAAAAGGGAAAGACGUCCGAAGACGAUUCAUGGAAGCUCAUGGUCGAUCGUCAUGUUGCUCUGUUUGUGCGCCUUAUAAGCUCGACUCUAAAGAAAGACGACUGGGCGCGCGAUCGUCCCGAGCUCACCUCUCGCCUACAGACGCUCGAGAGCAAGUUGCUGGUACAUGCUCAGGAUCUUACCAGUGCGCCUCAAGCUUCGGGUAGCACAACCAUCGAAGUCGAGGUUCCUCGUAGCUCUGAGGUCAAAGACAUGCCGUUGGUCCUCCGUAUCGCGAAUAUAUUUGGCACUUCGUACGACCAAAUACAGGCCGACAUUGAUGCACAUAAGGCGCUGUGGACUGAGCAGGCCGCUCUCCAAGACUUGAAAUUAUAUCAGAUGCAUCUCAGCCUAAACUCAAGUAGGACCCUUGGUAGUCAAGACUUUCAAUCCGAGGAUGCCUAUGAGACAUGGAAAAAGACAGAGAUUCAGGACCUCUCACAGCUGAUGCUGGCCAUCAUACAAUCCAAUCCCGAGCUUGCAAAGAGCACUACCAACUCGGCUGCUACCAAAUCUCCACCUGUCGCAUUGCACGAUGAUGUUGAUUCAUCUUUCUCGACCGAACGUUCUCUUGACGCGGGCACGUUGAGUUUAAGCGAUUCGCCGCGUGAUUCAGUCAGCGAUGACACUGCCUUUACUUAUAUUCCUUCUGACCCAAGAGCUUAUUACCGUGCUGUGCUGAGGAAAGCUCUAGAGAACGACAUAUUCCAAGAUGACGAGGCAGAGGGUACGGAUGGUCCAGAAAUACAACUGCUUUCAAAACGAUCUGCGGACGUCCUCAACGAGCUGGCUAUGCGAUGGCGUAUGCCCCAGACCUCAAAAAUGUCAUUGUUCCUGGAUGUCAUCAGGGAGAAGUUCGAUCUCCAGGAAAUUACCUUGGACACUCUUGACGCAGCAUUCAUGUAUGUGAAAACGCCUCCAAUCGAAGUAAAGAAGGUCAAUCGCAUGAGUCAAAUGACUCCUGCUGCCAUGUUCGACGCAUCUAAAUGGACGGUUGCCGACGUUACACUCCAACAACAUUCGCUUUCUUCAAUCCACGACGCACUGCUGAGAGAACUUUUCGAACUUUUACAACACUGCUACGAGCCAAAACCGCCAUCCGUUGGCCCCGCCAUGUAUAUCCUAGAGACCCAUAUAUAUGAGGAUCCUCUUUUCGCGAAGACCCCUGAGGAUCUGGACGAGUUCACGGUGGCUCUGCAUGACGCGCUGAGACAGAAAGCCCGAGAGGCCUAUAACGGCAUGCUCUCGAAACAUGUCCCCGAGGACGCAGAGUCUUGGGAGUUCUACCAUGUCAUACAACUUGGCAAAGCGGUAGUCACGCUUGCUGACAAGAUACAGAAGCGUUACCGAAAAAAUCCCGAGAUCAUGGGAGUCAACCCUUUGACUGCUUUGGUCAAAGAGAUCUUGCCCUCGUUCGCGGCUGAUGCUCGAGACCUGGUAUCGCGUGUGAUCGAGGUUGUCAGAGGACGGAAUGAAGACGUCCCGAUACAAGAUGGCUUCGACCUUUACAAAGAGCUCGUCAGCAUUCGCAAGGUCCAUUCGCAGGCGCUUCCUAGUGUUCCAUUUGCGUUCCAUAUCGAAGGGCUACUGGCUGAGUUCGUGUGGCGAUGGAUCGCGAUGACUGAUGCAAACAUGCUGGGUUGGGUUGAAGGUGCUGUCAACCAAGAUGAUUUCAAUGUUCGAACUUCCCAUCCGGAAAAUAUCGCGACAGACGAGGAGCGCCACAGUGUGUCUGCUGUGGACAUGUUCCGCUCCUUCAGUCAGACUAUCGAUCAAAUCAUCAAACUCGAGUGGGAUGAUGACCUGCAAUAUGCGAAGUUCAUGACAGCCAUCUCAAAAUCGAUUGGCAUCGGAAUUGCUAGGUAUUGCGAACUCGUCGAACAAAAGUUCGUCAAGGAGAUGGAUCGAAUGACGCCCGAACAGGAAGCUGCUUCGCGCCAGACGAGGCAGGAGAAGUGGGUUCAAAUGGCAAAGGACACCUGGGCUAAUAGAGAAAAGGUUGAGCCGUUUCAAUUCUUGCCCGAAUCUCUUGUCAAAUUAAACAACAUCGAAUACACGACGUUACAGCUGGACAAGAUCGAGAAGGAGAUCAAUGUUGACGCCUGUGCAGAGGUCAUUCAAAAGCACGCGCCACCCAUCAACCCAGUCAAGCUUCGUCAGUCGAGCAAAUUUGUGUUUACAAUCAAGAUUAUCGAGGCUGAGGAUCUCAAAGCUUGUGAUAUGAAUGGAUUGAGCGAUCCGUAUGUCGUCCUUGGAGACGAAUACCAGAAACGGCUAGCCAAAACUCGCAUUGUCUACGGCAGUCUAAAUCCUCGAUGGGACGAGACAGUCGAUAUCAGUACCCAGGGUCCCUUGAACAUCAUCGCCACAAUUUGGGAUUGGGACGCUUUGGGCGAUCAUGAUUGUGUGGGUCGAACUUCACUCAAGUUGGAUCCCUCGCACUUUAGUGACUACAUGCCUCGAGAAUUCUGGCUCGACCUCGAUACUCAGGGUAGGCUGUUGUUGCGAGUAAGUAUGGAAGGAGAGAGGGAUGAUAUCCAAUUCUACUUUGGCAAAGCUUUCCGUACUCUGAAACGAAGUGAGCGUGACAUGACACGCAAGAUUACAGACAAGCUGUCCUCAUAUAUCCAGCAAGUUCUCUCACGCAGAGCUCUUCGAGGUCUUCUCAGCCAAGGCAUAUCAAUCAACGCAGUGCGCGGAUACUUCCAGAAAACCAGACCGCAGUCCGUCAUACAAGGCCCUACUCCAGUCGACAUCGCGAACGCACUGAAGCCUCUCUUCACCUACUUCGAUGAUAACUUUGCGAUCAUGAAACAGACGCUGACGGAUUCGGCAAUGGUCAUGGUCAUGACUCGACUCUGGAAGGAAGUGCUCGCAACUAUCGAAUCAUUGCUCGUACCUCCGCUGUCUGACAAGCCCUCGCAACAGCGGCCGCUCACACAACAGGAGCUGGACAUAGUUUUCAAAUGGCUGCAGAUGCUGUUUGACUUUUUCCAUGCGGUCGAUGAAGAAGAUGGCACAGCGCACGGGGUACCGCUUGAUAUUCUGAAGUCAUCAAAAUACCACGACUUGCAAAACUUGAACUUCUUCUACUUUGAGUCGACAGAGAAUCUGAUCCGAACGUCAGAGUCCAUGGCCAAAGCAACAGUUGCCAGACAACAAGCCAGGCAGAGUCGGGAGCUUAACCGCAUGUCAGCACCAGCGACACUCGCUCAACAUUCAUUCAGUGGGGCGGCCAGCCUAGUAGGCGUGCCUAGUACACGACGAAGCAAGAGCAUCAUGCUCAGCCGUAAUCUUGGCACGAUGAAGAAGGCAAAGGAGGAAAAGCGCAAAGAAGCACAAGCCGAACCGAGCGACGACAUGAUCCUGAGAAUCCUGCGCAUGCGACCCGAGGCGGAGAGGUAUCUCAAGGACCGAAGUAGGCAGAAGGAGAGGCUGGCAGCGCAUGCGGCGGCAGAGCUGAUAGUACGGCAGAGUCUCAUGGCACAAAGGAGCAUGGCACGUGGACGAUGA